CCUCAGUCGGCCGCCCGCCGAGCCUGAGGUUUGUGACAGCUUUGUAAGGAGAAGGGAAAAUGUCAUUCCGAAAAGUGAACAUCAUCAUCCUGGUCUUUGCUGUUGGUGUCUUUUUGUUAGUUCUGCAUCAUAACUUCCUGGGUCUGAGUGAUUUGUUAAGAAGAGAGGUCUCAGAUUCAAAUCUUGUGGGAUUGCAGCCAGUCGAUUUUGUCCCCGAAGCCCCAGAAGUCUUGGUAGAUAAGAGCGGAGAUGAAAUCCCCGUGGUCAUCGCAGCGUCUGAAGAAAGACUCGGGGGCACUAUUGCAGCUAUUAAUAGCAUUUAUCAUAACACCCAGUCCAAUGUGGUUUUCCACAUUGUUACUCUGAACAGUACUGCAGAUCACCUCAGAUCCUGGCUUAAUAGCGCUGUGCUGAAAGAUGUCAAACACAAAAUCGUGACAUUCAACCCUCAACUUCUGGAAGGGAAAGUCAAGGUGGAUCCAGACCAACUGGAUCCUGUGAAACCAUUAACCUAUGCAAGAUUCUACCUGCCUAAUUUGGUUCCCAACGCAAAUAAGGCAAUAUACAUGGAUGACGAUGUAAUCGUGCAAGAUGAUAUUCUUGCUCUCUAUAAUACGCCUCUGAAGCCUGGUCAUGCAGCUGCCUUUUCAGAAGACUGUGACUCAACCUCUUCCAGAGUGGUCAUCCGUGGAGCAGGAAAUCAGUACAAUUACAUCGGAUUUCUGGACUACAAAAAAGAAAGGAUUCGGAAACUUGCCAUGAGAGCCAGCACAUGCUCUUUUAAUCCUGGGGUCUUUGUUGCAAAUCUAACAGAAUGGAAACAACAAAACAUCACAGACCAGCUGGAAAAAUGGAUGAGACUCAAUAUACAAGAGGAGUUAUAUAGCAGGACCUUAGCGGGCAGUGCCGCGACCCCUCCUCUGCUGAUUGUCUUUUACAAACAGCAUUCCAGCAUAGAUCCCAUGUGGAACGUCCGACAUCUUGGGUCUAGUGCUGGCAAAAGAUAUUCACCCCAGUUUGUGAAAGCUGCCAAAUUGCUCCACUGGAAUGGGCACUUUAAGCCAUGGGGAAGAACUGCUUCCUAUGCCGAUGUUUGGGAGAAAUGGUAUAUCCCAGAUCCUACUGGCAAAUUCAGUCUGAUCCGGAGACAUCUCGAGACCUCAGACGCAAUGUAAAACGGAUUGUGGAUCAUCGGGAAACGCUAGAACACCGUAACCCUUGGGGGUUUACAGGACUUGUCAUGGGUAGAACCCAAGAAAGAGAUUCACCUGCCCCGUUGCCUUCCGAAGUCCAUUCUGGAAGUCAAUCUCCUUCUCCCCUACCUGGACUAGUAUGCCGUAUGUCACUGCCCACUACUGCAGAGAUAAUCUGACACUAAGGAAAUGGAAUCAAAGAUGGAUGUUUUGUAUCCAAAGUGUAUACCCUGUGGCCACCCACUUUAAAAUGGCAAUCCUUUUUGCACAAUUCAUUCAAUUAUAUUUAAUUGAUAAUA